AAGUCAUGGACCACAUCCCAACAGACGCGGAUGGUGUACUGACCUUUUUAUUUUCUUCUGUCUUCUUUAAUCUCUACAACUUUUGCAGGAGGAAGUCGACUUAACCUUCUCUUUCUUUACUCUUCCUUUUGUGCUUUGUCUUACAUUAAUUCAGUCCUAAAUUCCCUGGACUCCCUUAUCUCUCUCCCUUCCUCUCCUAGUGAUGAAUUACUACCUGACGCUCAGCAACAGUCAUGGAGAAGGUGUUUUGUCUCGGUACCAGAGCUUGCGUCUGGAGGGUCGAAUGUGUGAUGUUGUUUUAGAGGCAGAAGGUGUGGAGUACCCUGCUCAUCGCAGUUUGUUAGCCUGUUCCAGCGACUACUUCUGGUCCGUGUUUCAGGACUACACUCUGGAAUCCGGUGCCCGUACUAUCAGCUUGCCAGCCUUGUCAUCUCUGGGCCUGGAGCAAAUACUGGACUUUAUCUACACCUCAUGGAUCGCACUGUCACCCUCCACUUUGGAGGUCACACUACAGGCUGCCUGCUAUCUACAGAUCACCCAUGCUGUGGAUCUUUGCACUCGGUACAUCUCUGAAAGCAUUGCUCCUGACAACUGCUGCUUUUUUGCGAACAUAGCAGCUCGCUACGGCCUUUCUGAAGCAUUCGAUGACAGCAACUCUUUUAUUGGCAGUAACAUGUGCAGAAUACUUACAUCUGAGGAAUACAAGGCUGAGCUAAUGGAGGUAAACAUUGAUUCUCUGCAAGAGGUGCUCGUAGCUGAGGAGAUGCCGGGAGUGAAGGAGAUAGACCUUCUGCAGCUGGUUUUGGAUUGGCUAGAGUGCAACCCACAAUCUGCCUUGCAAAGUAAUGCAUUGCUCAGUCGGAUCCGAUUUGGUUUGAUUCCACCUAAAGAGCUGUCUCAACUCAGUGCACUUAAACCUGCUCUAUGUACACCCUUCGUCCGCAGUGUAGUGCAGAAAGCACUUAACUACCACCUUCAGGGUCCCCUACAGCCUCUACUACAAAGUGUCCACACCAGCCUAAGAGUCACAAAGAGCAAGAUUCUUCUGGUGGGAGGAGGACCAGAGGCAAACAGGCCCCAGAAUCAGAUCCUAACCUACGAACCUCGCAGUAAGAAAUUCCAGCCGCUCUCGACAUCCCUGCCAAAUAAGCUACAGCACCAAGGAGUAUGUGUUGUUGGGAACUUCCUUUUCAUACUAGGUGGUGAGGUGGUGCAUGUGGAUGAGGAGAACGAGAAGAGUGCUGUGAUGACUGUGACUGACCAGGUGUGGCGCUAUGACCCACGGUUUGAGCAGUGGGAGGAGAUGGAGCCACUCUUGCAGAAGAGGGCACAGCUUGCCUGCUGUGUCGUGGAAAGUGUUAUAUUUGCUAUCGGUGGAUGGGGCCAGAGGGGUGAGCCUGUUUUGUCAUCUGUGGAAAGGUACAAUAUGAGGGAAGGGUGCUGGCGCAGUGGCGUAUCCCUACCGUAUUCAGUUUAUGGGCAUGCCUGCGCCACUGUUGGAACAGGAAUCUACAUCUCAGGCGGCAUCCACGUCAACAACCCAGAGAGUAGCAAAGAAGUGCUGUUUCUGAAUGCCGUUAAAGGGUAUGCCUGGCAGAGACGUUCUAACAUGUCCAUUGCCAGAUUUGGCCACCAGAUGGCAACAGUGAUGGGAAGAAUUUACACCUUUUUGGGAAUGUAUGAGCCCUUCUGUGACAUUGAACGCUACAGUCCUGAGCAAGACCUGUGGACCCGUCUAAAACCCCUACUGAAUGAUCGAUUCUGCUAUGGUUUGACCACAACAGGGAGCAGACGUGUGCUUAUGUUCGGUGGGAGAAAAUGGCAGGAAGGACAGGAGGUGUGUACAACAAAUGUGCUGGAGUACGACACGGAAUAUGAUGCCUGGAGAGAAGUGUGUAAACUACCAGAACCCUUGUGUGGGAUUCGGUGUGCCAUAAUGACUCUUCAAGAACCUCCGGAGACCUAAAAGUCAAUUACAAACACCAUCCCACAUACACACAGACAAACAGAUGGCUGUCAUGGGGCAGAGAGAGUUGAAGGACAGGGGUUAUCUUUGUGUCAUGGAUCCAUGAAUUAUAACGUGGCAGGGAAAACAGGAUUUCUAUUUACCCAGAUAUAGAAGACCUUG